AUGAGUUCCGGAGGCCUUAUAUGUCAGCAAUGCAAGGAGCCACUACAAUUGGAUGCCUCUCUUGUCGAUUUGGCUCCUUCUGCAUAUGACAUGAUCGUUACUUCGGUUUCGCCUGCGCAGUCAUCGUCGCCUGCUCGUCUCACCUCUGACGCCGACAGGUUGGCUGCUCUUCCCGCAGACUCGACCGUCAAAUCUGCAUGGCAAAAUUCCAAAUCCUCCGCUUUCUCUUCUCUCUCAGCCCGUGCACAGGGGAAGCUGCCAGAGCGCGGCCUGGCUCUGUCGCCGCAUGAGUCCUUCGUGCUUUUGCAGGACAGUAUGAUCCGUAAUAUCCCCUCUUCACCUUCAUCUCCGCGCCCAAAGAAAGGCCUCAUGAAGGCCCGGAGUUCUUCGAGCAAAUCUCCAACGUCCCCUCCGCUCAAGCCUGCUCUCGAUCAACCGAACCCGUCGCCAUUGUCCCAUCAUCUACGUUCGACCACCAGACUGUUCAAUUUCCUGUCUUCGCGGACAGAAAUAGACCAUCCUCUAUGUGCAGAGUGCACGCAGAUCCUGCUCACAUCGCUACAGCGUCAGUUGGAUGAAACAAAGAAAGAAAGAGAUGGUUACAUAGCGUUUGAGAAAGAGAUUAAAAAGGAAAGGGAGCGAGAAGGACGUGGGAUGACGAAAGAGGAAGCCGAGAGGAAGAUUGAUAAACUGCAGGGAGAGGAAUGCCUUGCCAUUGAACAGCUUCUGGAGGCGGAACGUGAGCGCGAGCAACUGGACGAAGACUUGCGGCUAUUAGAGCUUGAGGAAAAGGAUUUGGACGCGGAAGAAAAUGAAUUCUGGCGCGCCCACAGCGAACAAGUCUUAUCCAUAGAUCAACAAACAGCACAGCUAGCAACACUUCGUGCUGCAUAUGCAGCAGAUUCCGCGACUCUCGAGAAACUUGAACGCACUAAUGUGUACAACGAUGCCUUCUGCAUUGGUCAUGACGGUGUCUUUGGGACCAUUAACGGGCUACGAUUAGGAAGGGUACCUGGAGUGCCGGUUGAAUGGGCUGAAAUCAAUGCGGCUUGGGGACAAACCCUUCUUCUAAUGUACACCAUUGCUCGCAAACUCGACUACACGUUUGAGAACUAUCGAUUAGUACCCAUGGGGUCCUUUUCACGGAUUGAAAAAGCUACUGGCGACAAGUCUAACUACGAGCUGUAUGGCUCUGGGGAUCUCCAUUUCGGCCGAUUACUCCAUAAUCGACGGUUUGAUAUAGCUAUGGUGGCCUUUAUCGACUGCCUGAAGCAUCUCAUGGAUCAUAUCAAGUCACAAGAUCCCUCUGUCGAUUUUCCUCAUCAGGUCGUAAAAGAUAAGAUUGGGGAUAUUUCGGUCAAACUGCAGUUUAACCAAGAGGAGGUAUGGACUAGGUCACUCCGCCAUGUCCUUCUUGCUCUCAAGAUAUGUCUGAAAUGGGCCACCAACGGUGUGAAUGGAUAG